UUCGGUUUCAGAUGCUGUUCAAGUUGGCGUACUCUUACAUAUCUCGCUAUUUCUAAGGAGCGGUCUGAAAAAGGUUCCAUUUGCCAUGGCCACCAACGCGUGGCCCAAAGAAAGCUUGAAACGUCAAGGCUCCGACUCCCAAGACCAAUACAUGACUGCAGCCACCAAUCCCGAAAACAUCACCGAAAAGAAGAGCAAUUUGCAAGCUGAAGACAGCAACGAGCAGCUAUACGUCCGACCGCUACCAAAAGAGCUGGAAGGGAGGCACGCCAGCGACGAUCACGAAGAACAACCUGUCGUCCUAGAGAGGGCUUUUAGCAGGCGAAGCGCGGCCACUCAGACUCAAAGUAACCACGAUCACCACCAGUUAUUCCCACAGACCGACCUCGAUCAAGGCAUCGUGGGUUGGGAUCGACAAGACGACCCCCAAAACCCCCUCAAUUUCCCUCGUGGCCGAAAAUGGGCUUUGUUGAGUUUGGUGUCCGCCAUCACCUUCGUCUCGCCUUUGGCAUCAAGCAUGUUCGCCCCUGCUGUGGGGUUUAUGGCUGAAGAUUUCGGCGUUCGAGAAGAGCUUCUACUUUCUUUUACAGUCAGCGUAUACCUCCUCGGCUACGUGUUCGGCCCUUUGUUCCUGGCUCCACUCAGUGAGAUUUAUGGCCGGCGCAUCGUCCUAUGCAGCGCAAAUUGCUUUUUCGUGGUGUGGCAGCUCGGAUGUGCCCUGGCCCCCAAUAUAGGUCUAUUGAUUUUCUUCCGAUUCCUCGCCGGGAUCGGUGGUUCAGGAUGUCUCACACUGGGAGCAGGCGUCAUUGCUGAUCUAUUUGUUGUCGAAGAGCGUGGCCUUGCCACAUCCAUCUGGAGUUUAGGUCCUCUUUUCGGGCCCGUGGUAGGACCGAUAUGUGGAGGCUUCAUAGCCCAGCAGGCUGGAUGGCGGUGGGUGUUUUGGGUUCUUCUGAUCACUUCGGGCGUAACGACCCUUGGCAUUGAGCUGCUUAACAAGGAAACUUAUGCUCGAGUCCUCAUUCGCUGGAAGACAAAACGACUAUCUAAAGAGCUCGACCGUCCUGACCUUAUUAGUUGGUACGACAGAGAUACGGAGCCUAUCAGCGCCGGUCGUGCCCUUGCUCACGGAUUGCACCGACCUAUGCAGAUGCUCUUCAAGUCCUCCAUUGUCUUUGUUCUAUCAACUUACAUGGCUAUCGUCUAUGGCUUAUUAUAUCUCCUGUUCACGACUAUCACAUCUGUUUUCGAGGGUCAGUAUAAUUGGUCGCCACAAAUCACCGGUCUCGCCUAUCUUGGAAUCGGCAUUGGAUUUUUCGUUGGGUUAGCAGCCAUCGCCCUCACCUCUGAUCGAAUGGUGAUCAAAUUGACGGAACGCAACGGGGGCAAAUUCGAACCGGAAAUGAGAAUGCCGCUCAUGAUCUUUUUCGCCUGUUUCAUCCCGGUCAGCUUCUUCUGGUACGGCUGGACAGCAGAAAAGAAGGUUCACUGGAUCGUUCCAAUUGUGGGAAUGAUCCCGUUUAGCUUCGGUAUGAUGGUGUCUUUUUACCCAUUCAGACUUACUUGAUUGACUGCUACCCCGUCUAUGCCGCAUCCGCUGUGGCGGUUUUGACCGCGACUAGAUCUCUGGUCGGUGCUUUACUCCCGCUUGCUGGUCCUCCCAUGUACAAAGCCUUGGGCUUGGGCUGGGGUAACUCCCUUCUAGGCUUUAUUGGCUUAGCUUGUGUACCUAUACCAUUGGUUUUGGAGAGAUAUGGCAAGCGUAUACGGGAACAUACCAAAUUGCAGCUCUGAAUGAGCGCGCACUGGUAUUGAUGUGUAUCGGCAGGAACAGCUUCGUAGAAUGAACAUUCAAGUCGUCGUCUGGUAUGUGAACAUGCUCAGUGGACACUAAACAUCU